AUGGCUUCCUUGAAACGCAAAUCCCCCGAAUUUAUUACCGCACCGGAUGCCACCCCGAGAGGCCCCCCGGCCAAGAAAUUGCGCCUGACGCAGGGCCAAAAGCAGGCCUUGAUGGAUAACCUACAGCUCGAGAUCACGGAACGAGCUCGCAAGCUUCGAUCUCAAUAUGCCCUGCAGGCUAAUGACCUGCGUGCCCGCAUUGAACGACGCGUCAACCGCAUCCCCAUCUCCCUGCGCAAAGCCAACAUGGGUGAACUCUACGAGAAGCACACCUCUCAGAACUCAACAUCACCCUUGCGGAAACCGUCGCCCACCAAGAACAGGGUAGCGACCAAUAUUUCCGUGGACCCAGCGUCACCGGCUGGUCGUGCCCGACGCACAAGGCAAGGCAACCGAUCCAGCCGCUCCAUAUCCUCCGCUAACAACGAUUACAGCCACGAAGGGUUUUCUGAUAAGGAGAACGCGCCCGCGACUGGUACACCUGAGGGGCUCAAAAACCCCAAGCGCCGCAAUAACCCCAAGGCAGCGGGUUCGCGCGUUGUCUCCCAGGAAGUGCGCAGCAACGACCACCGCAUUCUUUCUCCCAAGUCUCUCAACUCCCGCACAUACCCACAAUCGCCCUUCCGCGCCUCACCCGAGAAAGGCCAGCCCUCAUAUCUGUCGCGUCCAACUUCCCCGCUCAAACCAUCAAGCCCACUCCGCGCAGCAGGCCCCGGAACACGCCCCCGCGGCGCGACGACCUCCACCGUUAGAGAUGGCCUGCAGCCCAUGCAACCAAAGAAGACCGGCAACCGUGCCGCGACCGGUCCCCGCUCCGUCAGAUCCCCUCUGCCUCGCCCAGCUACCCGUCAAGGCGAACGCCGAAUGAGCAAUGGCUCGACCACGUCAUCUAGCACUACCGUCACAAAACCUGCUCGUGCCACUGGUGCCCGCAAAGCAACCACGGGAACUGCGCCCGCUACGAAGAAACCCGCCGUACCUCGUGCCCAGGCCGCCUCGUUGGCCGUUAAGAAGACCACCGCCAGCGCAGCGUCCGUGCGGAAGGCCACUGCGCCGGCUGCGCCAGCGGUAGAGGCAUCAGGCCGUGGAACUCGAGCGCUCCGGAAGCGUGUCUAG